AUGGCAACCUCAAACGGCACCUCCAACACCACCGUCAACCUGGCCACCCCGGCUACCAACGGCAGUGCCAAUGGCGCUAGCAAAAACUCCUUCGCCGUCAAGGCCGGCCUCGCCCAGAUGCUCAAGGGCGGAGUCAUCAUGGACGUCGUGAACGCCCAGCAGGCCCGUAUUGCAGAGGAGGCCGGCGCCUGUGCCGUCAUGGCCCUCGAGCGUGUGCCCGCCGACAUCCGCAAGGACGGCGGCGUCGCACGCAUGAGCGACCCGGCCAUGAUCAAGGAGAUCCAGGACGCAGUCACCAUCCCCGUCAUGGCCAAGGCCCGCAUCGGCCACUUUGUCGAGUGCCAGAUCCUCGAGGCCCUCGGCGUGGACUACAUUGACGAGUCCGAGGUCCUCACCCCCGCGGACGUCGCCUACCACGUUGAGAAGAACAACUUCAGCGUGCCCUUCGUGUGCGGCUGCCGGAACCUGGGGGAGGCCCUCAGGCGCAUCACCGAGGGCGCGGCCAUGAUCCGCACCAAGGGAGAGGCCGGCACGGGAGACGUCGUCGAGGCUGUGAGGCACAUGCGGCAGGUCAAUGCCGACAUCGCCCGGGCGCAGGCGACGUUGGCCAAGGAGGGCGAGCUCGGCAUCCGGGCCCUUGCCAGGGAGCUGGGCACCGACGCCACCCUGCUGAAGCAGACUGCGGAGCUGGGGCGCCUGCCCGUCGUGAACUUCGCCGCCGGAGGAGUCGCGACGCCUGCCGAUGCUGCCCUGAUGAUGCAGCUCGGGUGUGACGGUGUCUUUGUCGGCAGCGGUAUCUUCAAGUCGGGAGACGCGGCGAAGAGGGCCAAGGCCAUCGUCAAGGCCACAACACACUUCAAGGAUCCCAAGGUGCUGGCUGAGUGCAGCACUGGUCUCGGUGAGGCCAUGGUCGGCAUCAACUGCGGCAACAUGCGAGCGGAGGAGAAGCUGGCUGGCAGAGGAUGGUAA